AUGAUUGCUGCUGAUGCAAACACAAAUUCUCUUCCACAAUUAACCACUUAUCCAUCAUCACAAAAAGUCUAUCCAACUUCUCGUCAAAUUCUAAGGAUAUUUUUGAUUCAAACAGCUUUGGGUCUUUUUAAUACUUCAGGCGGUUACAAAGCAAACCAUUAUCUAUUAUCUUCUUUAUCAUCUCAAGGACAUGCUUGUAUAUCUCUCGUACUUUGUUGGAAGAAUGAUAUUUUGGCUGCUGGUGUCAAUUAUAUUGAAGAAAAAGUAUGCUUCGAUUUGGAAAAAGAUAAAGUCCGUGUCUAUCGAUUUAUUUGGGGUAAUGUAGGGAUGAUAGGUCUCGAGUUGGAAGACUAUCUUAAAAUAUUUCCAAGAAGUUCCAUAUCUAAUCCGCUUGAAGAUGAUAAAGAAUCCGCUGCAGAAUAUAAUUUUUAUCUUCAUUUUAUAAAAAAAGAAAUCAUGACUUUUCGUGCAACUCAUUUCAUAUUCAAUGAUUCUGUCGCUUUAAAGAUUGCUUCUACUUUACCUUCUUCAAUAACUCGUAUAUUUAUUUGCCAUGCGUGUGAGCAUUUAUCAUUUGGCCCAUAUGGCGGUGUUCCAGGAUUCGGCAGCACUUGUUCUCCCAUGGAACACAAAUGGCUUAAAGAAAUUGAAGGUGUAUGGUCCGUUAGUCGUGCUGUUAAAAGAUAUAUUGACAUUUAUGGCGAAGGAAUUAGUUCAACAUAUCUUCCUUUACAUCCAGAAACAUACGGCCAACCACCCUUCAAGAGAUAUUACAAUUUUGAUGCUCCCUACGUUAUCAUCAUUAAUCCUGGGGCCAUUAAAGGUUACACUAUCUUCAAAGAAAUUGUUGAAAAAAUGAGAGAUGUUCAAUUCGCAGCUGUUAAAAGUUGGAGCGUAAAUGAUUAUCUAUUAAACGAAAUGAAAAAAUUGGAUAAUGUCACGAUCUUUCAAAUGUUUGAAAAUAUGGAAGAAUUGUGGCCAAAAGUCAAAGUACUUCUCGUACCUUCUAUUUGGUAUGAAGCAUUUGGUCUUGUUGUUGUGGAGGCGAUGUUACGCGGAAUACCAGUUAUUUGUUCUGAUGCGGGGGGUUUGCCCGAAGCAAAAUGUGGGGUUGAAUUUGGAACUAUUCAUGUUAAUGUAACAAAUGGUGAAAGAGAAACUGAUCCGAAUGCCAUAAAAAAGAUGGGCAUAUACAAAAUACCUCAACAAGAUGUUGAGCCAUGGAUUCGAUCAUUAAGAUAUUUGAUUAAUGACCGAGAAACGUAUGAAAGAUUUAGUCAAGAAUGUUGUGACAAAGCUAAUGUAACUAUUGAAAAUAUUGAUGUUGGAAUUUAUAAGAGAUGGUUGUUAGACAUAAGGAAGAAUCAAUUGUUAAAUUUAGAUAACCUACAGAAAAACGAUAAAAUUUCACCUACUGUCAUAAACAACGUGGAUAACAUUAACAAUAUUGGUGUUAUUGUUGAUACUAUUUCAUCAACAGUAUGA